GCAGCCUGUGUGUCAGCGAUGGGGAAUAUACAACAGAGAAAGCUUCGCUAUUUUAUCCUGGUCUCUCUAUGUUUGACCUCUACUCCACCUGCUGCAGAUGGUCAGAUCAGACUGGCUGGGUCUGGGUCUACUCGCUGUGCUGGGAGAGUUGAAAUCUAUUACAACACCACCUGGGGAACAGUCUGUGAUGACGAUUGGGACUUAACUGAUGCUGGCGUGGUGUGCAGACAGAUGCACUGUGGUACAGCACUGUCUGCCUCUCAGUCGGCUCACUUUGGUGAAGGAACUGGUCAAAUCUGGCUUGAUGAUGUGGGCUGUUCAGGAAGUGAAAGGUCUAUAACUGAGUGUCAACACAGGGGAUUUGGGACACACAACUGUGGACAUGGUGAGGAUGCUGGUGUGGUGUGUUCAGAUGGUCAGAUCAGACUGGCUGGGUCUGGGUCUACUCGCUGUGCUGGGAGAGUUGAAAUCUAUUACAACACCACCUGGGGAACAGUCUGUGAUGACGAUUGGGACUUAACUGAUGCUGGCGUGGUGUGCAGACAGAUGCACUGUGGUACAGCACUGUCUGCCUCUCAGUCGGCCCACUUUGGUGAAGGAACUGAUCAAAUCUGGCUUGAUGAUGUGGGCUGUUCAGGAAGUGAAAGGUCUCUAACUGAGUGUCAGCACAAUGGAUUUGGGACACACAACUGUGGACACAGUGAGGAUGCUGGUGUGGUGUGUUCAGGUGAGAAAACCUUUGGAUAA